AUGAACUUGAUAUUGCCAAGAUUUAUCGUCCUCAAAUCCAAUGACAAGAACGAUUAUCUGGGCUACAUCCAUGAAGAUGGGGAGUCUGAUGGGGUAUCUCAGCUUCAAGGAACUCAAGCUGUGAGUCCCAUACGCAAAUUUGAAGUGGAGAUUGUUGGCAAAGAUGGCUUGGUGCACAUAAGCAGAUGUCAGAACAACAAAUACUGGGUACGAACCAAAAAUCUUUCCAUCAGAGGAAAUCCAUUGGAGCAGUACUUCUGGAUUACUGCAACCGCCAACAAGGAGGAGGAAGACCAAUCCGAGGAGUCAUGCACAUUGUUCAAGUUUAUCUGUGUAGACCCCGUAAAAACUACGGUUCGAAUCAAGCAUGUCCAAUCAGGAUGCUAUUUAUGCUUAUGGCAGAUUAGUAAUCCAGCAUUUCCUCGCUGCGUGAUGGCCAACUACACAUUAUGUGAUAGUAAUAGUUGUGAUAUCUUCACAAUCAUUGAUUGGGAGCCUUUGUUGAUUCUGCCUAGGUACGUGGCAUUCAAAGGACAUAAUGAUAGUUAUUUAUGUCUUCGUCAGAUCGAGGGUCACCCAUAUACGCAGUUUGCAACUGAUGAUAUUGGUGAUUCAACUGUGGCAUGUGAGAUUUUCGUUACUGACGACAGAAACGUCCGCAUCAAUCCUACUUCUUCCAAUAAAUUUUGGAGGGCAACCCGACUUGGAUUUGGUCGGAUUCCGAUGACACUAGCAGCAACACCAAGGACACCUUCCGUCCCUUCUGUUACUAAAGAGGCCCAGCUAACAGUGGAAGAGCCUGUCUUGACGAGGAACAUUUAUAAUGUCAAAUAUGAUCUCGAUAAUUCCAGGAUCUACGAUGAAACAGAUCUUCCUGUGGCCAAGAAUUACAGUAACUAUACCCAGGAAUCCACCACUUUAGACGUGAAGCUUUCCUAUACAGAUACCAGGACUAGUGUCGAGUGGGGAGAGACCAAGACGUCAACCACUGUUUUGGAAGUUGUACACAAAGUUGUUGUGCCUCCAAUGACUAAGGUGACGGUACAUCUUAUUGCAACAAAUGUUAAGUGUGAUGUUCCCUUCACAUACAUGCAAAGGGACACUCUUUAUAACGGGACUACUGUCACAAAUGAGUUGCCAGGAAAUAAUGAUAACUAUCUGUGUCUUCGUCAGAUCGAGGAUCACCCAUAUUUGCAGUUUGCAACUGAUGAUAUUGGCGAUUCAACUGUGGCAUGCGAGAUUUUCGUUGUUGACGACGGAAAUGUCCGCAUCAAGUCCAUUUCUUCCAAUAAAUUUUGGAAGCGCAACCCGAAUUGGAUUUGGGCCGAGUCUGAUGACACGAGCAGCAACAACAAGGAUAACUCGCUUCGCCCCGUCAAAGUUGACAAUAAGACAAUAGGUCUUCUCAACUUGGGCAACAAAAAUUUCUGCAAACCCUCACACUCGAAGGAAAGACGAACUGCCUUAAUGCAGCCGUCUCCAAUAUUGCUGAACAGGCCCACCUAA